CGGGCAGUGCGCAUGUGCGGGGCGGCGGCGGCGGGGUUUGAAUGCGGGGACGGUUGGAGCCGGUGGGAGGCGGCCCGGCAGCGGCUGAGGGAAGGGUGGCCCGUGCCUAGGGCGGCAGGAGGGCUGACUGCCCUGGAACGGUCAGUGCCCGCAGGAGGGAGUGGUCAGUGCUGCCCCGAGAGAGGGACGGUUAGCGGUCGAGGGAUGGGAACCAGCUCGCUGACAUUCCUCAGCUGAUCUCUUUUCUUACCUAAGGAAGGAAUGGCUCUCACUCAUGACAAAUGAGUAAAAUUCUCCAGUCUCAGCUGGGAGUCUGAAAAGAUGCAGCGAAGGAGGUGUUCCAAGACACCAAAGCAGCCUCUGCAGGUUCACCAUAAAAGCCAAACUGAUCUCUCUGCUUGGCGAAAAGGAGGGAAAAUUGACUCUGAAAAAAGUUUGCAGAAUAAUCAAUCUGCUAAUGAUCAGAAAUAUGAUAGCCAGGAAGAGUCUCUAGAGCAAGCUUUGAGCUACUUUGAGAAAGUUCAAGACUGUGCUGCACUGAAAAAGAAGAGUGUUGUGCAGAAACACUUGGAUGCUGUGGAAAGCACUGCCCUGAAGCAAGGGCUGCCCCCUGAAGGGUUUGAGAUCCUGCUGAACGUGGCGCUCAGUGGCAGAUUUGCUGAUACAGUGAAUACUCGUUUAUUGAAGAGCCUGAUUCCUGCCUCAGUGAUACCAGAAAAUUCUGUGGUUACAGCUGUGUCUUGGCUCUGCGUCGGCAAAUGCUCAGGCAACAUCCAGGUGCUUUUUUUAAAGUGGCUGAUAGCAGUGUUUGACUUCAUUGAUCACAAGGAGCAGCUUCAUGCCCUCUAUGGUUUCUUCUUCUCCUUCCUGCAAGAUGAGAAGAUGUGCCCCUACGUCUGCCACCUGCUCUACCUGCUGACCAGGAAGGAAAAUGUCAAGCCUUUUCGAAUUAGGAUGCUGCUUGACCUCCAAGCAAAAAUGGGAAUGCAGUCUCAUCUGCAAGCUCUGCUAUCACUUUACAAACUUUUCUGCCCAGAACAGGUGACCAUAACCCUUCCUGGGAAAAUGAAGACUUACUUCAAGAACUCAGAGGGCCCGUGGAAAGCAGCAAUCACUGCAGUAAGGCAGAGAAACCAAGGAGCCUCUCCCCUGUCUCAGGCAGUGUUUUUAGGCACGUCUCAACCUCAGUCACGAAAAAGGAAAUGGAAUGCCCAGCUGUUUAUACCUGCAAGCAGUGCAAACACAAAUCAUUUAGAAGAGGGCAGAGAAAAGAACUGUUCUUAUUUGUACAGUACAGACGAGUCUUUGCCAGUGGAGCAGCUGCAGACCUUCCCUCAGCUCCUACAGAAUAUCCACCGUCUAGAGUUUCCUUCCCAGAUGGGUUCAGUGCUAACAAACCCCUUAUUGCUUCACUACAUGAAUUGUGUGAAAGAUGAAUCAAUUUACCUGAGGCUUUACUAUUGGAUGGGCCAGAUGCUCCAGGAAGAAUGCACCUGGUGUGUGGUUGAUAACCCAUAUGAAGAAGAAUUCAAGAGCUUCCUGGAAACUAUCUACAAGGCAGAAUGUUUCUUGCAGGAGGGAUUUUCUGCCUGUGAAGAGUUCCUGUAUAAGACCCUUCCUCUCUGGGAUGGCUUCUGCUGCCGCUCAGAAAUCCUCAGGCUCAUGAGUUGGAUCCCCCUCAGCAGUUUCUCUGACAUUAAGUCAUAUCUCUAUGAUCCCCUGGCACAGCUCUUUUUCACAUCAUCUAUUUACUUUAAGUGCAGUGUUCUUGAGAGCCUGAAGGAGCUGUUGCAGAACUGGUUAAAUUGCAAUGUGAUUCAAAUGGAUUUGGAGACUACUUCUGUGAACACCACCCUCUCUGGGCUAGUGAACGUGGUGGCUGAACUGGUUCACUAUGUGGGAUGGAUCUCUACUGUUGCACUGCGUUUGGAAAACAAUUCCACGCUCUUGCUCUACUUCAUUCUGGAUUUCUAUGGGACUGUGUGUGACAUCUACCUGAAGUACAACCUUCCUUUGUUGAUAAUGCCUCCUGCUGGGGUUUUCUACCCAGCACUGCUCUGCAUGGAUUCUGUCAACUUGAAUCAGCUCUGCUACAUUAUGUACAGGUAUCGAUCCAACUUAGUGGCUGCAAAAGAAAAUGAGCUGAGUAAAAAGAAAAUACUGCAGUUCAAGUUCAGUAACCAGACAUACCAAGAGUACAACCAGUACAUAAUAGCUAUGGUGGGCUGUUUGUGGACAUCCAGUGCAUUCCAGAAGGAUAUUCAUCCUCAAGGUCUUCGUAUGGAUGAUGAACUCCUGAGUAAAACUGCAGUGAAGGAAUUAAAUACCAGCUUUAACAUUGUCUAUCAUCCAGCCAUGAUGGGAUACUCUGUUCAAUUCCUGCAGCAGAUUUGUCCUGAUGAUACCACCUUCAACUUCAAAUUAAUUAAGGGGAAGAAGUGGGACUGGUAUCUGGAAUAUCUCUACACCCAAGGUUUGAAGGGGCUGAAGGUGUUUAUUGAGAGCAGCAUCAGUCGGGUUUCCCAGACCUCUUGCAGAAAAGCAGGGAAUGUGGAAGCGUGACCCUGAGGCUCACUGCAGUUCUUCUGUCAUCUGGAGCAGACUUGCAGACUCUAAAGGACUGUGUCACUAAUUCUUCCCUUCUCAGAGGAGAGAAACAGAGCAUUGACUCUUACCUGCACUUUUGUACUGACAUGUCUCUUAUGAAAGUGGAGACACAGAUGUUGAGGCUGGCUUAGUUCACUAACACUGAACCCCCUCUCGUCCCUGCUAAACUUCUCUGGUCUGAAGCUGGUGAGCUCUGUGUUAUGUGACAUCCACCUUUUUCACCCUGGUGUCUCUCUGUUGGAGUAUCUGUUCUGAUUGAGAAACGAACACUUUCCAUCUCAAAAUGCAGUGAGCAGUGGUGCUUCAUUUACAAAUAAUGUUGACCCCUGACCUGCUUUGCCUUCCUCAGCAGCAAGUAAUGAGAAACAGCUUAAUCAGCCUUUCAGGGAUGCUGUGUAUGUCUUGGAUUGGAGCAGUGUGAGUUUCCCAAUCCCCUGUUGUACUCUGUAUGACUUUUAACAGGCUGACCAAACUGACCUUCCUGAAAUUAAUUUUCAUUUUGAGGCUCAGUUUUUUUGCUAACUUUGGUUAUAAUGAUGUUCUAGUGCAGCUGGAAAGUUUGGUGUUCAUCUGAUGAUUUAUUGGUGUGAGCACUUACACAGUGUUGCCACUAGCUCACCAUUUUCUCUAUUGAUAAGUGCAAAUGUAACUUUCCUUUUUUGUGUUUUUAGGUUGGUAGGUGCUGUAUAUUAUUUGCGUACAUAUGUAUAAUUUAUGUUCUGUAAAAUAUUUCUAUGUGUCAUUUCAAAAAAACUCUUUUACAAAAUGUGUCUU